AUGCUGAAGUCAACAAAGAGACGUGACAGAAGCAGCCGUUACAGUAAGAAUGUAGACGACUCUCUCAUAUCAGAGAGUCACUGUGAUACUGACACAAGUAAAAAGUCAGUACCAUGUGAUAUCUGUGGAAAAACCUUUAAAGGUAGGUCCAAGAUGAAGGACCAUCACAGAAUUCACACAGGUGAGAAGCCAUUUGCUUGUGAAACAUGUGGAAAAGUGUUCAGUCAAAGUUGUAAAUUGAAAAUCCACAUGAGAACUCACACAGGUGAGAAGCCGUACCUUUGUAACACCUGCGGAAAGAGAUUUAGUGACGUUUCAGCAUUUAAAAAGCAUACAGCAACUCACACAGGUGAGAAACUGUACUCUUGUACAACCUGUGGGAAAAGUUUCAGUCAAAGUGGUAGUUUGAAAGUCCACAUGAGAACUCACACAGGUGAGAAGCCUUACCUUUGUAACACCUGUGGCAAAAGAUAUAGUAGAAUCUCAGGGCUUAGAAAUCACAUGUCAUCUCACACAGGUGAGAAACCUUAUGUUUGUAACACCUGUGGAAAAGGAUUUUCUGACACAUCAGUACUUAAAAGGCACGCAGCAAUCCACAAACAAGAGAAGCCUUAUUCUUGUGAAAUAUGUGGAAACGGUUUUAGUCGUAGGGAUAAUUUAUUACUCCACAUGAGAAUCCACACAGGUGACAAACCAUACAUUUGUAACACCUGUGGGAAAAAAUUUAGUGACCUCCCAGCAUUUAAAAGUCACACAGCAAUUCACACAGGUGAGAAGCCGUAUUCUUGUUCAACAUGUGGGAAAAGUUUCAGUUACAGCAAAACCCUGAAAGUCCACAUGAGCAGUCACACAGGAGAGACACCGUACCCAUGUAUCACUUGCGGGAAAAGAUUUUCUGUCCCAACACAACUUAAGCGUCACAUCAGAACUCAUAAAGUUGAGAAGCUUUACUCUUGUGAAACAUGUGGAAAAACUUUCCGACAAAAUCAUAGUUUGACUGUCCACGUGAGAACCCACACCGGUGAGAAGCCGUACCUUUGUAACACCUGUGGACAAAGAUUUUCUCACUCAGCGGCAUUCAAAAGGCAUAAAGCAACGCACACAGAUAAGAACCUAUGUUCUUGUAACAUAUGUGGAGACAGUUUCAGUGAAAGUAGUACUUUGAAAGACCACAUGAGAAUUCACACAGGUGAGGAGCCUUCACCCUGACACACCUGUGGGAGUAAUUAUCUGGGAACGCAGUUUUAAAAACAUGAAAGAAUUGGAACAGAAUAAUUUCAGUCUUUGUCAUUUCAAGGACCUUCACACUGUGCUUCAGCAAUGAUUGUGAGGUCUUUAAUCAGCUGGUCACUGGAAACUCUCAACAACAAAAAUGUCAUAGAAGGACUACAGUGGAAGGAGGGGACCACCAAGGACUGCUUCUCACAACUAUAAAUUUGGGUGUGGAACUAUUUGGGUCACUCAGAGCAGAUAACUAAGUCAGACUUCUGUUUAUCUGACCAUCUCUGCUGUGCACCAGCUGACAAACCUGAUGAAUAUUUACAUCCAAAAGAAAAUGUAUUCAUUGUAGAUGUGCAAUAUCCAAAUAUUUAUAUUAUAGACAUUAUUAAAAAGUUACUUCUAAAGGUUUUUGGCUUCUGACCUCUCAUGGACAGUGCAUUUAGAGUGAAGGGAGUUGAACCUUGACACCUCCCCUGGAGGAAAGCACAUCUCUGACUGGUUAGAUGCAGAUCUGAAGUUGCCUGUUGUGUCGUGGUUGUGUUAUUGUUUGCUGAGUAGCAGUAAUUAAUAAAUGCUGAACUGUGUUGAA